UACGACAUGAUCCUUCCCACCAAACCUACACCCGUCUCCGUUAUCCUCUCACGCACUUUUUUCCUCCACCAAAGAUUCACCCAAGCCAGAGCCAGAUAGAGAGUGAGCGAGUGAGCUUCUCUACUCUUGCCCCUGUCCCUGAAAAUGGCCUGCUCUGCUGCCUCCACCACUCUCUUCUCCUCAAACCCUCGGGCUUUCUCCAUCAAUUCCGCCUCUCCCAUCUCCAACCCCUUCUCUCAAUCCCUAACCAUCCCCAAGUCCUUCAUCGGCCUCCGUAAACCCCUCCAAUCCCAUGCCCCUCGCUCCGUUUCGCUCACUCGCGGCUCCCGUUCUCGACGGAGCUUCGUCGUCAGGGCUUCCACCGACCUUCCAUUGGUUGGAAAUAUAGCACCAGAUUUCGAGGCGGAGGCUGUUUUUGAUCAAGAAUUCAUCAAGGUUAAACUCUCCGAAUAUAUUGGAAAGAAAUAUGUCAUUCUAUUUUUCUACCCAUUGGACUUCACAUUUGUUUGUCCUACAGAAAUCACUGCUUUCAGUGACCGCCAUGCAGAAUUUGAGAAGCUAAACACGGAAAUAUUGGGUGUCUCAAUUGACAGUGUGUUCUCUCACCUUGCAUGGGUCCAAACAGACAGAAAGUCAGGUGGGCUUGGUGAUCUGAAAUAUCCCCUGAUUUCUGAUGUCACCAAAUCAAUCUCCAAGUCCUAUGGUGUGCUAAUCCCAGAUCAGGGGAUAGCAUUGAGGGGACUUUUCAUCAUUGACAAGGAAGGAGUCAUACAACACUCCACCAUUAACAAUCUUGCCAUAGGCCGGAGUGUUGACGAGACAAAGAGAACACUCCAGGCUUUGCAGUAUGUGCAGGAGAACCCCGAUGAAGUGUGCCCAGCUGGAUGGAAGCCAGGAGAGAAGUCCAUGAAGCCAGACCCCAAGCUCAGCAAGGAGUACUUCUCAGCAAUAUAGAGUCGAGCUACCAUUUAUGACCCCAGUUGCGUGUUUAUUUAAAUUCGAGAGGUGUAAAGGAGUUUUGUAUUUGUGUAAUAUCUUAUUAUAAGUUCUCGUGAAUUUUGAGCGGUGGAUUGUGCGAAUAAAUUUGGGACUUAAACCUGUUUU